UGGGGAAUCCUUAAUUAAUUUAUCAAUUUUCCCUGUCUUUCUGUCAUCACACACUCAACCCUACAGUCAAAACAUCAAAAUUUAAGACGAAUGAUUUACAGAACAAACAAAAAACAAAUUGGUUGCUGAUGUUACUCUGAACGAACCCUCUAUUUUGUAGUACAAUAAUAGCGCCAACCCUUGGCCACCCCUCUCUACUGCCUGCAAUGGUCCAGCCCUGAUUUGCAUAAGUUGUGUGUGGGUAGCUGCAUGAGCAGCAGUGUCGGUUUGCUGAGGGAGUGCAUGUGGACUGUACAUACACACGGGUAGAGACACAGACAGAGGAGCUGAGGAGUGUGGACUGUGUUGCACUGAACCGGACAAAGUGAUGCACUGUGCUCAUCCAGGCUCAGGCACAAGAAACAACUCAUUGAUGUACUGCUACAACAUGAAACCAGUUUAUGGGCACUCCCCCACAAAUGAUGACAUCAACCAGAACCUGUCUUUACACCCAUCCAACAAGACUAUGACCAAUGUGUUUGCAAGCACCUUCUUUGAGGGGACAAGCAAUUCGACCGACAUCUGGAAUGCUGUAAAUGGGCUGAACCAGCAGGGCUAUGAAGGUGCACUGGGAGUAGCCACAACCCACCAGACGCAGGCAGGAAACUACAGCAGUCUGCAACCAGCACAAAGUCACCAGGACUACACCUCACAUACAAUGAUGGCUGCUGAUAUGAACAGGGGUCUUCCACCCAUGUCCACUUUUCACCGCGACAACACAGCACCACACGCCCCAUCAAUCAACUCCUCAGAGAAUUCAACAGUCUCAGGGAGCCAGAGGAAUACAUCAGGCGGGUCACAGACAGGAGCCACCUUGGGCAAAGCUCUAGCAUCUAUUUAUUCCCCUGAUCACACCAGCAGCAGCUUCCCCUCCAGCUCGUCCACACCGGUGAGGACUCCGUCUCCUCUGCCCAACUCAGCUGAACCUCCAGGAACCAACAUGUGGCCGAGGAGUUCCAUUCAGGCAUCAGUUUCGCCACACUACGAGUCUACUCUAAUAUCAAUGUCUCAGGUUGAGGACCGUCUGGACAGACUAGACGACGUCAUCCAUGUCCUCAGGAACCACGCUGUGGGCCCCACAGCUGGGCUGCCCCCUGACAUCCACAGCCUGCUGCACCAGACCCACCACAGCCACCAGAACUCUGCCAACACUCUGCAGCUAACCUGUCACACACCAGCCAUGGUUGAUGCUGUCAGCAUGAACAGCAACCACGCACCCUUCCUGAGCCGCAUGGAGAACGGACACCUGUACUCAGCCAGACAGAGGAGCACUCUACAGGCAAUGCAAGGAGGUCUGAGAAUUCAGGGUAAUCUGGAGCUGAAGACUGAAAGCGGAGAAAGGGAGGAGAUGAUGCACACUAAUCACAGUCACAGCCCUGACAGCCAGAGAUCAGAUGAGGAGAGUGAACACAAAACACAUGCAGAGAGCGGCACAAGGGACAGCAUUCAUGAGGAUGAAGACCUAACCCCAGAGCAGAAAGCGGAGCGAGAACGUGAGAGGAGGAUGGCCAACAAUGCUCGGGAACGCCUGCGCGUUCGGGACAUCAACGAGGCCUUUAAGGAGCUGGGUCACAUGUGUCAGAUACACCUAAAAAGUGAGAAGCCACAGACCAAACUGUUGGUACUGCACCAAGCAGUGGGUGUCAUUCUCAGCCUGGAACAACAAGUCAGAGAAAGGAAUCUGAACCCAAAGGCAGCGUGUUUGCGGAGGAGAGAAGAAGAGAAGGCCUCUGCCAUCAUGACUGAGCCACAGUCAAUGCAUCUGGCUUUUCAUCCCAGUCUAACCGACACAGUCAAUCCAAUGGGCCAUCUCUGAACAUCCAAUAAUAACUACAUCACAUCCCAAAUCAAAUAGUUAGAGGUAUGAAAGCAGCUAACAGUAAAAGCUCUGGUCUGUGGGUUGAAUGUGCUGGUACAACAUUAUUGUUUUACAGCAAACACAGCUGGGAUUGAAGACGACAAACAGGUGAGGCCAGUGAUUGAUCACAGAAAAACAGGCUUUUGACCACAUCUGAACAAAACUUACCAAACUUAACAAACCACAUAUUUGAACAUUUUACAGCUGCAUUUUUAAUUGCCUUCACUGACACAAAAAGUGUUUAUUUAGAGAACUUGUAUCAUACAACAGAAAGACUUAUCUGAGAGUUAGCUGCAGCUGCUGUUCUUACACUGUCGUCUAUUAAGUUGCAUUGCUGCCAUCUACUGGUUCUGCUGGGUUUACUCUAAUAAAUACAGUUUUUCCUCGCUAAUGUUCACGCAAUUAAAAAAAAACAUUUUUUGUGACACCACAAAAAUAUGUAUUAAUAUCAUGUAUAUCAUAAUAUUCUUGGGUAAAUAAUUACAUUGUUCAUCAUCCAUGAUUUUUUUUAAUACACAAAGCUCCAUCUUCCUGAUUGUAGAAUGAUGUAGAUGAACAAUCAUCUUCCCACUUCCCAAACAAAUUUCUAACUUUGUGCCUAAACUUUACACUGAUCAGACAAAUGCAUUGUAAGCUACUUGUAUUUUGUAAAUACUUUGUAUAUUUAUUGUUUAGCCUUAUGUUACAUUGAAAGCAUUUAUGUUAAUGAAAAGUCAGAUUCAAUUGCAGUAUUAAUUUGGCCAAAAUACUUCUUUCUUACCUUGCCUACCACUAUGGUUGAUCACAGUUUAGUGUUAGGACUGAUGACUUAUAUUUUAUAUAUUAUGUUUUCUGUUUUAACUUUGUGUUGACUAGAAAACACACCUUAUAUAAAAUAUAUUUAUAAUGGAACGAGGGUCUAAACUUAGUUGUUUCUUAAUUCAUUUUUGAAUAACUUUGUUUAAAAUGGAGAAUAAGGGCCACAAAAUACCACGUGUGUACAAACGACAAUUUUGUUAAUUUUGUGGUUGUGUGUUUAAUAUGGGAGUGUGACCAUUCUGUGAAUGAACAGAUCUCCAGAAAUGUGGGGUUUCUCUUUGUAAAUUUGUUAUGAAUUCAUAUUACAGCACUGUUUAAACGUAACUUUCCUCAGUGAAAACACUGGUGGACACAUUUUUCUGAGAGUACAGCGCUACAGAAGUAGUCAAAUCUCUUUGCACGUUUCCAUUUUUCUUCUAAGUUAUGUUAACUAUCUUUUAUACAGAUGAUGUGACUUUCUCAAUGUCACAACUUACUAUUUUUAUUCAUAUUUUUCCACACGUGUCUCUGUGGAGUAGUUACUAGUUGUAGCCACAUUUCAUGCUCUGAACAAUUACAGUAUUAACCAUUUUCUUGUUUGCGUAUUGUACCACAGAAUUAAUAACCUGGAAAUUACAUUUGUGAUUAAAUGUACAAUGUGUACAGUACAGGUAGCCCACAGGCAUGUAUCAAACAAUAUAGUAGCAAUAAAUGUCCUUUUUUCAAAAAAGAAU